AUGAAAUUGCUGCUCGACUCCUCCUCGUCGCUCCUCUUCUCGCUGCUAUUGGCUCAGCUGCCCGUGUUCACGAAUGCCUCUCCAGUACCACAGCGGCGGCCCACUGACAUGGACAAACUGUCCAAUCAGACCAAAAAUCUAAUGAAGCUCACCCAAGAACUGCUGAGGGAGCAUGCAUUUGACUCAGAUGUGGAGCCCCACAGGUUCAGGUCUCUGCCAGAAAUGAGCAACAGAUCAGCCAAUAACCUCAACAAUCUUGAGCUGAAGCCCACACUCUCACAGCUGCAUGCUGACCUGAAGCUGUAUGAGCACCACUUUGAGUGGCUGAACAAGGUUUCAAAGAAGCACCACCACCCUGCACUGCCCAAGCUGGUGGAGAUGAUCAGAGAAAUGAAAUCUCUCAUCAAUCUGCUACACCGUCAGAUGCUGAGAGUUGAAGCACCAAGGUUGACUCAGGUGACCCCCUCCCUCCCCCCUCACCUCCCCUAUCAGUUUGAUGUCCUGCAGUCCAGCCAUGAGCUUCUCCAACACUUCAAGCUCUUCUGUGAUUGGGCAUACCGAGCAUUCAUCAGCCUCAAGCCCAAAGUCUCUGUAGCACAAUGA